CUCUUGACUUAACUAACCUAGCCAGCCAGCAACAACUCAGCAUGGUUUCCUGGUUCCGCAAGCGCCCGGGGUCGCUAACGGUCGCCGAGGUUGCCGACUCGGGAGGCAAUGCCGAGCCCGAGAUUACACGAGCUACCGGCAGCGACACCGAUUCGGCCCUGGAACAGCUGAAGAAGUUCAAGAAGACCCACCAAUGGGAUUUCAACUUGGACUAUGACCAGAUCGAACAGGUAAACAAGGCCGUCGACAGCGGCGAUACGGAGAAGGGGGCAAGUGUCGAGCACACGUUGCUUGAAGAAGAUUCUCCCUACUUUGAGGUUCGCACAGCCGUGCGCAAUUACGACAUAGAUGUGCCUGCGAAUACCAUCAGGGCGUGGGUUAUUGGCAUGUUUGCAACCACUGUCGUCUCGGCCGUGAACUUGCUCUUCUCCCUCCGCAAUCCGUCCAUCAACAUCUACGUCUAUGUCGUCCAACUUCUGGCCUACCCCGUUGGAGUUGGGUUGGCACGGAUCCUUCCCAACCACCAGUUCAAUACCUUUGGCCUGAAGUGGAACCUCAACCCCGGUCCUUUCAACAUCAAGGAACAUGCCGUCAUUGUCAUGAUGUCCAAUGUCUCCAUCCAGGGCGGUGUAGCGUACGCGACCGAUGUUCUCCUCGCACAGGAGGUUUUCUACAAGCAGAAGUUCGGUUGGGGAUUCCAGAUGCUCCUGGUCAUUACCACUCAGUGCUUGGGCUUCGGUAUGGCCGGCAUCGUCCGUCGUUUCUUGAUCUGGCCCGCCGCCAUGAUCUGGCCCCAAACACUUGCCAACACAACGCUGAUGUACACCCUCCACGACCACACGCCGUCGGACCCUGCCGAGACCAACGGCUGGAAAAUUGGCAGGUACCGCUUCUUCCUAUACGUCAUGCUCGGAAGUUUCCUUUGGUACUGGUUCCCCGGCUGGAUUGCCCAGGGCCUCAGUUACUUUGACUGGAUCGUGUGGAUCGCGCCCACGAACCUGAUCAUCAACCAGAUCUUCGGGAACCAGACUGGCUUUGGCAUCAUCCCCAUCACCUUCGACUGGACCCUGAUGACUGCUUUCAUCGGCAGCCCGCUGCCUUACCCCAUGUUCGCCAUCGUCAAUACAACAAUCGGCGUAAUCAUCUUCUUCUUGAUAGCCGGGCUGGGUGUCAAGUACACGGGCACGUGGCACCAAGACUACCUCCCCAUCUCGAGCACCUCGUCCUACGACAACACGGGCCACCGCUACAAUGUCAGUCGCAUCCUAACUGAGGACCUUCGUCUCGACGUCGACGCCUACAAAAAGUAUUCGCCACUGUUCCUCGGCACUUUCUUCAGCCUCUGCUACGGUGUGUCGUUUGGAGCCCUGUCGGCAGUCAUUGUCCACACAGUCCUCUUUCAUGGCAGGGAGAUCUACGAGCGCGCUCGCCUUGCAAGGAACCAGGACGCCGACGUCCAUCUCAAGAUGAUGAAGAAGUACCGCGACACCCCCGAUUGGUGGUACUAUGUCUGGUUUGCUGUUCUGUUCGCACUUUCUCUCGUCACCGUCCUGUACUGGGACACCCAUCUUACAUGGUGGGCCAUGAUCAUCGCAAUGAUCCUCUCUAUUGUCUUCCUGGUCCCGAUCGGCAUGGUUCAGGGUAUCACCAACACUCAACUUGGGCUGAACGUCUUGACCGAGUUCAUGAUCGGCUAUAUGCUUCCCGGCCGACCCAUCGCCAUGAUGUUAUUCAAGACUUAUGGAUACAUUACCAUGGCCCAAGCCUUGUACUUCCUGCAAGACAUGAAGCUCGGUCACUACCUCAAGGUGCCUCCUCGUGUAACCUUUAUGUGCCAAGUGUCGGCAUGCGUGUGGUCAUGCAUCGUCCAGGUCGCCGUUUUCAACUGGGCACUUGGCAGCAUCGACAACGUCUGCAGCCCGGACCAGGUGGACGGCUACUCGUGCCCCGGCGCCGGUGUCUUUUACACUGCCUCUGUCGUGUGGGGUGUGGUCGGACCUGCCCGUAUCUUCGGCGCUGGGGCCUUGUAUGCUAAGCUACACUGGUUCUGGCUCGUUGGCGCAGCCACACCUGUCAUCACCUACUUCGCGGCCAAGAGAUGGCCCCGGAGUCCUAUUCGGUAUCUGCACUGGCCGGUUAUUUUCGGCGGGAACGGGCAGAUUCCGCCUGCGACUGUCUAUAUUUACCUCUGCUGGGGGGCCAUCGGAAUGUUCUUCAACGGCUUCAUCAAGCGCAGAUUCAAGGGCUGGUGGGGCAAGUACAACUACAUCACCUCGGCUGGUCUCGACACGGGCCUGUACAUCAGCACCUUGGUUAUCUUCUUCGCUCUCAUCCUACCCCAGAAGGUCAACCCUCCCCAGUGGUUCAUGAACCCUCGCGCCGAUGGGAACACCCAAGUCAACAAUGCCUUCAACAACCUCGACUCUAACGGUGCUGCCAUCAAGGCCACUGUGGCUCCUGGCGAGACCUUUGGCCCUUCGACUUGGUAGGGUUAUUUCUCUCGACAGCAAGUGGGUGGGAUUCAUGAUGGAGCUGCUGUACCUAUGUGAUGUGGCAGUGGAUAUCAGGUCAAAGUGUUCACUCCCAAUGCGGUCAGAUUGAUUAUGUGAUAAUUAAUGUGCAAUACUAUGACACCCCGGCCCAACGAAUGGCUAGAAAUCCCAACGUGAAGAGUUAGAGACCUAUGACCCUGCGCAAUGACGAGGACCAGAGCCAUUUCUUUUGCUAUGGAGGACGCAUCGAAUUGGCACUGGAGCAGCCAUGAUGGUCCCGGCAAUCUCUGCCGCCUCCCAUAUAUAUCGACUAGAAACCAU